AUGCUGUUACUAGUCACGGUCAUCCUCACCCUGUGGGUCUCCUGGGCUCAUGGACAAGAAACGUGUUUGAAGUCAAAGGUAAAAAUUGAGAAUGGAUUUAUUGCUGAGCCUGAAUUUACAUAUCUCUUAAAUCAAAAAGUAAAAUAUAAGUGCAAACAAGAUUAUGUCACAGAAGAUGGUCACACAUCCGGGUAUAUUACAUGUCUCCAGAAUGGAUGGUCAGCUCAACCCAGAUGCAGUAAAAGAGAAUGCAUUGUUCCCGAUAUAGAGCAGAACUUAAUUGCUCAUCCCCGGAAAGAGAAAUAUGUCAUUGGAGACGUGUUGAAAUUCUUCUGCAGAAAUAGACUUAAACUUAUUGGAGCAGACUCUCUUCAGUGCUACCACUUUGGAUGGUCCCCUAGCCCUCCAACAUGUAAAGAGAAAGUACAGUCCUGUGACGAACCUCCUCGACUCCCCAACGGGACAGUGGCAGACACACCUAAAGGGGAAUAUGAACACAGUGAGGUGGUGGAGUAUGUGUGCAACCCCAGGUUCCUGAUGAAGGGUGCGAGGAAAAUUCAGUGCGUUGAUGGAGAGUGGACACCCUUGCCCAUGUGUGUUGAGGAGGACAGUACAUGUGGAGACGUACCUGAGCUGGACCACGGCGAGGUCGUGUCCCCAGCACGGCCCUCCUAUCACCAUGGAGAGUCAGUAGAGUUCACUUGCGGAGAAGGCUUUACAAUGAUUGGUCACAGCUCAGUUACAUGCAUUAGGGGAACGUGGACCCAACCACCUCAGUGCAUUGCGACAGUUGAACUAAAGACGUGUAAAUUACCAAAGACAAUUGCCUAUGAGACAAAGUUGUCAGAUAGGAUUCGCUAUGAGCAUAAUAAGAAAAUCAGUUACACUUGUGGGAGGAAGUCAAAGCAGAAACACUCAGUCUGCGUGAACGGAAAGUGGGAGCCCGAGGUGACCUGCACAGAAGCACCACGAUGUCCACCUCCACCUCAGAUUCCCAAUUCUCAACCUAUGGCCCUUUCAGUGAAUUUUCAAGAAGGAGAAAAAAUAUCUAUUCUCUGUCAAGAAAACUUUCUCAUCCAGGGAGGAGAGGAAAUCGUGUGCCAGGAUGGACGAUGGCAGUCAAUCCCGCGCUGUGUCGAAAACACGCUGUGUUCUCAACCACCUCAUGUAGAACAUGGAAGCAUUAUUUCAUCCAGAGAAACAUUGGAACCCGAGCUAUAUGCGCAUGGCACCACAUUAAGUUAUAUUUGUAAGGAUGGUUUCAAAUUAUCUAAAGAAGAUGGGAUAACAUGCCACCUGGGACAAUGGAGUGCUCCACCACAGUGUGUAGAAAUAAUUUGUCCUAGCCCACCCAGCUAUGGCAAUGCCAUCCUCAUAGGCCGGAAGAAGAACUCAUACAAGUCAGGAGAACAAGUGGCUUAUGGAUGUCCAGACUACUACCAAAUGUAUGGAUCCAAUUUUGUAGAGUGUAGGGACGGCAUUUGGAUAGGAACACCCACAUGCAAAGAUGUCUCCUGUGGCAGCCCUCCCACAGUGCAAAAUGCCUUUAUACCAAACCAGAAGCCUAGGUAUCGACAUGGGGACACAGCACGUUAUGAAUGCAGGCACCCUUUGGGCCUCUUCGGGAAAGCAGUGGUGACAUGUCUAAGUGGGAAUUGGACAGACCCACCUGUGUGCAAGGAGUCCACAGGACAAUGUGGGCGCCCUCCUGCUAUUGACAAUGGAGACAUUACCACAUAUAUAUCACCAUUCUACGCUUCCGGGUCUUCAGUGGAGUAUCAAUGCCAGGCCUACUAUGAACUUGAGGGAAACAGGAGAAUAACGUGCCGUGAUGGACAGUGGUCUGAGCCACCCAAAUGCUUAGGUGCCUGUGUAAUAUCAGAAAAAAUCAUGAAAGAACAUAACAUACAGUUGAGAUAUUCAGAUGCGAAAAAAUUUUAUUCCAGAUCAAAUGAUUAUGUUGAAUUUGUGUGUCGACCUCAGUAUACUAAAGUGUCACCAUCAUCUGCAUUCCGAGCACAAUGUCGAGAAGGAAAGCUGGAGUAUCCCACAUGUGGAUAAAAUGAGAGUUGUGUGGCAGUUUUCACAUUAAAAUAUGCGCCUUCAUUCAGAAUUUGUUAAUAUUAAUCUGAUUCUUCUCAAUUUAUUUUUCUAGUAGGCUGUAACUCACUUGUAUUCAUUAAUCCGAAUUCCUGUUAAAUGCCAUGUGGGAGAUGUCAUUGUAAUCUGAUACCAACGGAUCACUUCUCAUAAGCAUCUCAUUAAAAUGUGACAAACCAA